AUGCAAGCCAUAAUUCGUGCUGCAAUUCGUUUGAUGGAGAAGGAUUCCAGGAAUAUCGAUCUUCCAGUUGUGGAACGAGCGUCCGAUCGCCUGGCGACGAUUGAUGUAGAGCUUUCAAACAUCGCUGUACGAACACGUCUAGCCAACCGAGAGUGGUAUGAACCCAAGCCGCAUAUUGUUUGGGAUGUGAAACGGAAGGUGAAAGCUGGGGACCCCCCGAAUACAGUGCGUCCCAUCGUGGAGGAGUUGCUGGCUAACCGGUUCAACCGUGCUUUGGCUAUUUAUACGGAUGGUUCUAUAUGCGAGAACAUAGUUGGAGCAGGUGUAUUUAGUAGCAGCAUUCAGCAAGCAAUAGGUCUUCCGUCACAAUGUAGCGUGUUUUCGGUGGAGACCUUUGCAAUCAAGUCGGCCGUCAUCGCUGCAAGAGCAUCAACCGAAUGUGUUAUAAUUCUGUCUGAUUCAGCCAGCUGUCUUUCGGCCAUAGAGAGUGGCAGAUCGCAGCAUCCGUGGAUCCAGGAAGUCGAGCGCUUACUACGUGGACGGCCGAUCCACCUUUGUUGGAUCCCUGGUCACGCCGGAAUUCACGGUAACGAAGAAGCAGACCGUCUAGCCAGUGAAGCACGGAACAGUCCACCAAUCAACGUUGCCGUACCAAGAAUUGAUUCCAUCAAGAACAUGAACCAAGUCUUUCGUCAGCUGUGGGAAGCACGUUGGGCACAAUUGACAGAUGUGAAGCUGAAGGAGGUCAAAAGGGAAACGAAGAAGUGGAUCGAUCAGUACAGCUCUGCCGAUCAACGCAUACUCACUCGUCUGCGCAUUGGUCAUACUAGGGUUACGCAUGAAUUUUUGCUGAAGAAAACAGCUCCACCAGCAUGUGAAUGCUGUGGGACCGUUGUUGACGUUCGUCACAUUAUUCUGCACUGCAGAAAAUUUGAAGCGGCCAGGAUGAAAUACGAAAUCGAUUCCACAAGCCUUUUUACGGCGUUACGCAACGACGAUGAUUAUGAGAAGCGGUUGCUGAAGUUUCUGCAUGAAACCAAAUUUUAUCGGAAGCUUUGA